AUGCACGUGUGGCCCUCUGCCAAGUCUCGUUGUUGGGAUCACAUCGUGGAAAAUCAUAAAAUGCGCAUACACCCGGGCCUUUACCGACGGGAUCUAAAAUCGCCUGCUCCAGCUGUUACCAAGUUCGCCAAAAAACCUCAACUGUACCACAACUACAUGUACAUGUACACACCCAAAUAUGGGAUGGGAGUGAUAGGGACACGUCAGCAGACAGUGGGAAAUCCGGCAUGA